AUGAUCGAGUCCUUAUCCAAAUCUAAGUCUGAGCGCACGGUGACACAGGGUGAGCGAGAUAUGGCCGCGCGGUUAGCAGCGGAGGCGACGGAAAGAGCGGCGCGAGCGGCGCAAGUGGCAGAAUUGGAGGCAACAAACGCGCACUCAAAUGGUAGGAACAAUGAGCGAUGGAAGAAACUCGAUAUCCCAGUGUAUAAUGGCGAAGAAGGUGCGUUUGGCUGGGUCAAUAAACUUGAGCGUUACUUCCGAAUCAGAGGUGCUGAAGAGAAUGAGAAAUUACAAGCAGUAAUUGUGGCACUAGAUGGCAAGGCAUUGAGUUGGUAUCAAUGGUGGGAGACUUGCAACCCAAAUGUGAGUUGGGACGGGUUCAAGGUUGCUAUUAUAGAGAGGUUCCAAUCAGUUGUGGCUCAUAGCCCUUUUGCAGCCUUGCUAGCACUGAAACAGGAUGGUACAGUUGAGGAAUAUGUUACUCAGUUUGAGAAGUUUGCGGGGAUGGUGAAUGGCGUGGGCGAAGACUACUUGAUGGAUAUAUUUUUGAAUGGAUUGAAGGAAGAAGUGGGAGCUGAGGUGAAAUUGUAUGAACCUCAGCACUUGUCCACCAUGAUGAAGAAGACCCUGAUGAUAGAUCAGAAGAAUCAAGCAGUGCUUAAAACUGGUGGAGCUACUUGGAAUAAAGGAGGAAGCACUUAUAAGAGUCCAACUUACACUAGAACUGUGUCUGUGGACACUGGUCAGAAAUCUGGUUUUAAAGGUCCAAAUUCUCCAAGUACCUCGGUGGGAUCUAACAAUGUGGUGAACUCUGAGAGAAGUUUCAAUAGGGGUAGAACUGGAGGAUUCAAGAGGUUAUCAGAAGCAGAGAUGCAAGAAAAACUUAGGAAAGGAGAAUGUUUCAAAUGUGAUGAGAAGUUUGGACCCAAUCAUGUUUGCAAAAACAAACAAUUGAGGGUCAUGUUACUUGAGGAAGAUGAAGAAAUAGAGGGGACAGAAGAUGAGGAAACAAUUACAGAGGACCGAGGAGACUUGGUGGAGUACAAACAACUGUCCUUGAACAGCAUUGUGGGGUUUACUUCCAGGAGAUCAUUGAAAGUUUGGGGUACUAUAGGGACAGAGAAGGUGGUGGUGCUAGUUGACUGUGGGGCUACCCAUAAUUUUAUAGCUCAGGACUUGGUGGAAAGAUUACAACUCACUGUGCAGGAAACACCUACUUAUGUGGUUGAGGUUGGAGAUGGCCAUAAGGUGAAGUGCAGAGGCAUGUGCAAUGGGGUGAAGGUGCAAAUACAGGGAAUUGAUGUUCAUCAGAAUUAUUACUUAUUUGGCUUGGGAGGGGAGGAUGUCGUACUGGGCUUGGAGUGGUUAGCAUCAUUGGGAGAGAUUAGAGCAAAUUUUGAAAAAUUGACUCUGAGAUUCAAUUUGAAUGGCCAGCAGAGGUUAUUAAAGGGAGAACCAGAAUUGAUUAAGGGAAAAGCUCCCCUUAAUUCAAUGUGGAAGGCUCUGCACCAGCAAGGAGAGGGUUAUAUGGUACAAUGCAAGGUGGUAGAAGCAACAGAAGAAUCAAAACUGCAUUGUCCAGCAGAAUUGGCUCAGGUGUUGGCUGAGUUCCAGACUCUCUUUGAGCCAAUCCAAGGACUGCCACCUCCAAGGAGACAAGAUCAUGCAAUACACUUAAAAGAGGGAGCUGAUAUUCCACAUUUAAGACCGUACAGGUACCCUCAUUACCAAAAAACUGAAAUAGAGAAAAUGGUUAAUGAGAUGUUGAACGCUGGAAUCACUAGGCCAAGUGUAAGUCCGUACUCUAGUCCAGUCAUCUUGGUAAAAAAGAAAGAUGGAAGCUGGAGAUUUUGCGUUGACUAUAGGGCCCUUAACAAGGUGACAGUGCCCAACAAAUUUCCAAUUCCAGUGAUUGAUGAAUUGUUGGAUGAAUUGGGGAUGGCAACUAUUUUUUCUAAAUUGGACUUGAGGUUCGGUUACCAUCAAAUCCGAAUGAGAGAAGACGAUGUAGAGAAAACAGCCUUUAGAACUCAUGAGGGACACUAUGAGUUUGUGGUUAUGCCAUUUGGGUUGUCCAAUGCUCCUUCUACCUUUCAGGCAUUAAUGAAUGAGGUUCUGAAACCCUUACUCAGGAAAUAUGUCUUGGUGUUUUUCGAUGACAUUUUGGUGUUCAGUUUGACUAUGCAAGAGCAUCAACAACACUUGGCUCAUGUCCUGUCUUUAUUGGAGCAGAACAGUUUGAAGGUGAAUGGUAAGAAAUGCACAUUUGGACAGACAAGAUUGGAAUAUUUGGGGUAUGUGAUCCCUGCUGGAGAAGUGGCAGCAGACCCCAAAAAGCUGGAAACGAUGUGGACUUGGCCGAUUCCCAAGGAUAUUAAAAGUCUUAGGGGAUUUUUGAGAUUAACAGGAUAUUAUAGAAGGUUUGUGCAAGGUUAUGGACACAUUGCAAGACCCCUCACCCAACUUUUGAAGAAGGAUUCUUUCCUAUGGAGUGACGAAGCACAGAAGGCAUUCGAGCAAUUGAAGGAAGCCAUGACUAUGUUACCAACACUAGCAGUCUCUGACUUUACAAAAACCUAUGUGCUGGAAACUGAUGCCUCAGGUACAGGCUUGGGAGCUGUGCUAUUACAGGAGGGAAGGCCCUUGGCUUAUUGGAGUGCUACUUUAUCUGACCGGAAUCAACGAAAGUCAGUAUAUGAGAGGGAGCUUAUGGCAGUGGUUAAGGCAGUCCAAAGGUGGAGACACUACCUAUUAGGCCACCAUUUCAUCAUUAGAACCGACCAAAAAGCUUGA